AUCCGGUUCACCGGUCAUGUGCCCGAGUCCACCACAAUCGCAACCAUGCCGGACCGCAAGGUGAUAGAUGACUCUGAGGAUGAAGAUGCCGGUUUCAGUCCCAUCAACAGCCCGGCCAAAGACCGGGUUGCUGCACCAGACUGCGCGAUCGCGUCGGGAACCGAUGCACCCAUUGACCAGCGGUCAACUGAUCCGGAAUUCUUCCAGCAAAUCUACGAGGGUCAGCAGCAUGUUCCCAAGUCCCCGUGCGGCAGCACGGUCGACGAUGUCUCCCCAGACAAGCAGAAGAGCUCGGACCCGAGUGCGAAGAACUCGUCCUCCAUCACCGAUCCCACCCUAGAGCAUUCAAAAAGGGCAAAGGCGGUCACAGGUGCAGGGGACUUGACCAAUCUCACCCAGGUCACAACCCCCAGGCACCAUGGAUCAGACGUCUAUGAUUUCCCCAUUAGUGAUGGGGGACAAGAUGAUGAAGCGAGAUCCAAGACCAAGUCGAGAACUACCAAGACCUACGGCAAGCGCAAAAGGGGACAAACUGUGGCAUCGGCAGCAGUGCCCCCAAGCUCAAGCCCGGCACAAGCCUCAGCGAACGACCAGCUGUCGUUGACGCAUAUUCACGACGAGGAGGAUGCAUGGCCGAGAUCUGCGCGGAAGAGGAGACGCAAUGGUACCCAGAAAGCCGUGGAUGCCCUCGACGAAGACGUCGACUUGCUUGUUGUCCCCAGGACAGCAGAGACAGUACAGUAUCCACAAUCACAGGGAGAAAGUGGCUGUCAAGAUGCUGCGAUUCCUGACACUCUCAACGAGCAUCAGGACACUGCGAACCACAUGCCAGCAUCAUUCUUCAUUGCGCCUCCAAACCGUCUCACUGUCAGUCAAAAGCAAGAGUACUUGCGCAUGAGUGGGUCUUCGGAGCCAGAUGAGCAUACGAACGGGAAGCCCUCGCCCUUGCCCCACCCUGAGACACAAGCGCAAAAGCUGCGCAGCAGUGAGGCUACUAUUGCCUAUACGACACCGAGUCGAUAUUGCUCAUCUGCUCCAGGGUUCCCGGAGCUCCCAGAGGAUACUGGUCGCCAUGGCUCAGGGUCGACGACUUCUAUGGGUAGGAAAGCUCGGGAUCGCAUUGUUGAUUGGACCGGGCCUCAUUCGUCACCAGAUGAGCUCAGCUCGCGUGCCCUGGGCCAACUGAGUCCUCAGAAGAGGCAGGAGAAGAACCCUGGCCAGGGCGACAAGCUGGGACAAGACGACUGGGACUCUGAUAAGAUCGGGUAUUCCCGGGAGCAGUAUAAUCCAAGGCCAAGUAGGAGAAGAUCAGGAAUCGACCAGAAUGAACAACCGACGAGAGCUGUCGCGGGUGUCGCGACGAUUAAACACCAGAAAACAUGCGGCUCCCCCGAUGCGGUUCACCACGAUGUAUGGGACUCCGAUAAGAUAGGGACCCACCGGGAGAACUACAGGCCUAGGCCCAGCCGUCGGAGAUCGAAGGCAAUUCUCGAUGCGGGAGACAAGGAGCUGGUGAUGCCGGAACAGUCCAUGCCGGACACUUGCCCUCCCGGCCCAACAGUCACGGAAGGAACGGAGAAUGCGGAGCCAAUUCUCGACACAUCGGGACACCUGGCGCCACAGAAUCAAAAUGAUGCGAUCGAGGGAAUUGACCCAAGUUAUCUCGCAGCGUUGCCGGACGAUCUUCGUCAAGAGGUGAUUGCUGAUCAGUUGGCCCGCAAGGCAUCACGGACUAGAGGUCGUGGUCGCCCGAGUCAGGGCGGGGAGAGCCUGGUAAAAGUUUCUGGGGCAACACCACAACGCGUGAAGAGAGGAAGAAAGAAGAAGGAAAUGCCAGAAGGGGAUGCACCGACCAUGGUAGAGGAGGCAGUCCCAGGCUGUGCUGCUGCAACGACUCCUGCAGCAGGCAAGAAGAAAAGGGGCAGACCUAAGAAAUCAUGGACACCGCAGCCACCUCAACCCUUCGCAGCAGAUGACUAUCACUCGUUCGUACCAGAGACAGACGGCACGCUUGGUAUAGCAAAUGGAGCGGAUACAGUGGAAGGUAUACCAUCUCGGGAACAGGAAGAUGCGCCUGUGCCGUCGAAGGCGCCGUCGAAGAUGGGCCGCAAGAAGGUAGCACAAGAGACGUCUGCAGUCCCCGAGGAAGGAACCAACGUCGUUGGCAGGGACGACCGAGAGGCCACGAGAGGGGCCAAGGCCUCGUCCAAGAGAGGGCGGAAGAAAAGCGUGGUUGAAGAACCAUGCUCAGCCGAAGACUUGAAUGAGCAUAGUGAUGGUUCCCAUCGGGCGCUGGAAGUUGCGAGCGAUGCGGAUGAGCAUCCCAAAGCCAGCCCAAAGACGAAGCGCAAGGCCCUGACAGAUAUCAGCAACACUGCGUCCUCUCAGAACCCGGCGCAUGAGAACGAUGGGAAACUAGGAACGACUUCGGGGUCGGCCAUGAAAAUGGCAAAAGAGACCACGCCAGAGGUCAAAGCAGAGGAGAACCCGAGGUCUGCCUUAAGCUCCGCCAACCAACAGGGUAAGGUACCGUUACGGGUGGGGUUGAGCAAGAGAUCGAGGAUUGCGCCGCUGCUGAAGAUCAUCCGCAAGUAGUGACAAUCAGGCCGCCUUGCUCGAGAUUCGGCUUCCCAUACCAAUAUUAUCCGCUUGCCAGA